AACCCCAACCACAACACCACUCCACCAUCCCGCUCUCGCUCUCGCCGCCACCACCCGCACACCCCCACACGCGGCGCUCCGCGGCCCAGUGCCCAGCGCGGACAGCGACCAAUGGCGAGGGCGCGCGCGCGGGGGCGUCUCCUCCUCCUCCUCCUGGCGUUCCUCGCCGUCGCAGCGGCGGCCCGACACGACGCGCCCGCGCCCCGGGCGUCGUCGUCCAUCUCCGCGGCGCCCGAGUACCCGCCGCUCCCGCGCCUCCCGAACCGGCACCACGGCCGCCACGCCGCCGGCCCCGCGCUCCCGCCGGCGCUGCCUGAGCUGUCGCCGGACAUAAUGCCCGUGCUGCCGUCCCCCGCCGAGGACGGCGCCGCGCCGGCGCCCGGCGCGGAGGAGCCCACCAUCCCGUCCAGCCCCAGCCCGCCCAACCCGGACGCGCUGGAGCCCGACUCGGCGCUCGCGCCGUUCGGCUCCGCGCACGCCGUCGCCCAGCAGUCCCCCGCCGUGGCGUCCGCGUCGACCUCGGCGCUCCCGGUCCUCGGCGGCCUGCUGGCCAUGUUGUGGCUGCUGGUGUAGCGGUCUAGCGGAAUGGGCGACCUGCCUGCCGUGGACCACGCCGCCAUGGUCCUCGCCGCCUCGCUCGGCACGGCUCCUCGUGGAUGGGGCAGGUCAUGUGCAUGUCUCGGCGGCAGGCGUGCAGGAAAAAGGUGGCCCUUUGGUUGGUCGGCCGGGCUGGCUGCCUCUGCAGCUUGCUAUGCCGCCACUACUCUCUGCUUCAUCCUUGUGAAGAAUUGUUACUGUAGUCUAUUGCUGUUAUAUUUGACCAGCUUUUACUUCUCUCCUGUAAAUCUUAGAUUUCUUUUCGUUCAUAUUUUUGGGAGGGGUUACGAUAUGUUACUAUAUAGACUUUUGUUUUGUAACUUUUUGUUAAGUGGAGAUUAUUUGGGUGAUUCUUGUAAUAAAACUGGAGGGAUUAUAUAUUACUAGUUGAUUUCUCA